CUUAGGAACAUGGCAGACGCGAGCGCGCCGCCGCCGGCGCUUCGCACGCUGAUCGAAGACAUAGCUCAAAAACAAAACUACAACAACCCCCAACUUACCAUCACCCCCCUCUCCACCGGUGGAGGAAACUACACUUCCGAACUCUUCCUCAUCACAGUCACCGCUCCUGGUCACGAAGACUUACGCCUCUUCGCGAAGGUCGCUAACGUCAACGGAAAAAUACGAGAUGAAGGACCAAUAACAAAAUGCUACGAGACGGAAAGAUUCGUCUAUGGAUCCCUAGUAGACAUAUUCAGUAAAAUAGAAGAGAAGAACUCAGUAGCUGUUGAACAUAGGUUGCGCUUCCCGAAAUAUUACGGAUGUAAUCCUAAACUAUUAGAAGAGACUAUAGUACUAGAAGAUUUGGGUGCGCGUGGUUUCGACACCCACGACCGUCUGAAGUCUAUAGAUUGGCUGUACGCGGCUACUGCUGUUGCAGAGUUGGCCAAAUUCCACGCGCUGUCUUUCGCUUAUCAGGAAGAAAAUCCAGAGGAGUUCGCGCAGGUUAUUAAAGAAAGGAAGUUCGAGUUUGGUAGUGAUGAGAGGAUGAAAGUAAUGUGGGAGGGAAUGGUCCGGGAAGCGGUAGGGGCUUGCAGAGAGGAGUCACGGGCGCGCCUGGCGAAGUACCUGAUGGACAACGUCAAGCGUGUGAGGGACUACUAUGAACCGCUGCGCCGGCCGGUGUUGGUGCAUGGGGACUACAGACCAAGCAACCUUAUGCAUAAAAUCAGACCUGAUGGCUCAGUAGAGAUGAUACCAGUGGACUGGCAGAUGGUGCGAGCUGGUUGCCUGGCUACAGACCUGAUGUACCUGAUCUUCACUGGCUCGGAUGCAGCCUUUCGAGCAUCCCACUACACCGCCCUGCUUGAAGAAUACUAUAGGCAGCUGUGUGCAGCGUUGCGAAGGUUGAAACUGGAUCCUGAGGCGGUCUACCCUAGAGAAGAUUUCGACUAUGAGCUAGAACAGAGUCUUCCCUACGGGUUACUACUCUCCGUGUUUGUGCUACCUCUGGUGACGGUGGAGGCGGCCAACGCUCCAAAACUGGACAAAUUGAUGAGCUACGAUGACUGGAAGGUUAAAACUAGCUCAGUGUUCAGCGACAGGAUCAAUGGCGUCGUUGACGACUAUGUAGCUUGGGGCAUCCUUUAACGACUAGUUACCAUACCUAAGUGCUCCAACUUUGCCCGGUGUAACCUAGUUUCGCCGACAAACUUUUCAUCGACAACAAAUCAUCGAAAGUUUAGUUCGAGUAAAAUUGCUUUAAGUAAUAUUGUUUCAACUACUAUUUAUUUACGUAGUUGUUAUAAAUACUAUUCAACUAAUAUUUCUACAUCGCUGAUUCGUUUCAAAGUCCUUCAAAUAGCAGAACUUCAAAACAUUCGCAAUUCAUUUAUUCUACGUACGUAACAAAACUUUUUCAUUUGUCGUACUACACAUUUAUAGAUGUUUCUAUUCUAGGAAACUUCAAACUGUCGAUUUUAUCGUGGCACAUCACAUACGUCCAUAAUUAAACUAUGACCAUUGGUUUAAAUCCUAUAUUAGUAGGUUUAGGUUAGGUUAGAACUGCGAUACUACAAAACGAUGAAUGAUGGCUUUUAAAGUAGAUUUAGGUUAGGUUAGAACUGUGACCACACAAAAAAAACGACCAGCUUACAGAGUAGGUUUAGGUUAAGUUCGAUCUGUGAUUUAAGUAAAGUAAGUAAGUAAGUAAAUAUUCUUUAUUGC